AUGAACAUUGAUAUCGCAGCACUGCAAGAGACGCGACUCUCCGAGAGCGGCAGCCUGAAGGAGAGCAACUACACGUUCUUCUGGCAGGGGCAAGAGCACCACCAGCGCCGACUCUAUGGCGUCGGUUUUGCUGUCCGGAACACCCUCCUAUCCACCAUAGAAGCGCCCUCUUCAGGCACACCACGUGUCCUCUCCCUUCGCCUCACCACCUCUUCUGGACCAACCAACAUUCUUAGCGUCUACGCCCCAACACUCAGCUCCGCAACCGAGGCUAAGGACCAGUUCUACGAGGAGCUCGAGGCAAAGAUCAGGCUGAUUCCCAAGAAGGAGCAUCUAUUCCUACUUGGAGACUUCAACGCCCGUGUGGGAGCCGACCACAAUUCCUGGCCUCGCUGCAUCGGCCAUUUUGGCGUCGGCAAGCUCAACGAAAAUGGCCAGCGCCUCCUUGAGCUGUGCUCCUUCCAUGACCUCUGUCUCACCAACACCUUCUUCCCCACCAAGCCCCACCACAGGAUGUCCUGGAAACACCCAAGGUCUCAUCACUGGCACCAGUUGGACUUUGUCGCCACCAGAAGAUCCUUGCUGAAUCAAGUGCUGGUCACACGCAGCUACCACAGUGCUGACUGCGACACCGACCACUCCCUCGUCGCAAGCAAGGUGCACCUCCUUCCCAGACGUGCCCACCACUCCAAGCAGAAGCCCCGACCCUGUAUAAACAUAGCCAGAACAAACAAACCUGAACUGCAGGAACACUUCACCAUAGCCAUCGACGAAGCCCUGGAGGGCUGCCCAACCGACAGCGCAACUGAACGGUGGAACCAUAUACGCGAGGCUGUGUUCCAGACUGCCCUGGACACCUUUGGUAGAAGAGAGAGGAAGAGCACUGACUGGUUUGAGGCAGGAGUCGCUAAACUGGAGCCCGCCAUCGCUGCUAAGCGAGCCGCCCUACUUGCUCACAAGAAAGACCCUUCCACAAAGACACUCGUAGCACUCCGUGCUGCUCGAAGUGACACACAGAAGAUCACCAGGCGCUGUGCCAAUGAUUAUUGGUUAAAUCUCUGCCACAAUAUCCAACUCUCUGCAGACCUAGGCAACAUGCGAGGGAUGUACGAGGGCAUGAAGAAGGUUUUUUGUCCCAAGUCCCGUCAAAACAGCCCCACUCAAAACAGCCGAGGGUGA